CGGUAAAAUGUAGUCAUGACGGCCGGAGGAGCGCUCGCUCGCCUGAGUUUCCGCAGGAAGUACAGGCGGCAGGCAGAAGACGCUCUGCGCAACCAUACCAUCCUCUACCAAAUGGUGGCACUAUAUGAUUAUGCUGCUCAGGGUCAAGAGGAUUUGGAGUUCAGCGAAGGGGAUAUCAUUGACAUCCUUUGUGAAGUAAACGACGAGUGGUUGGAGGGACAUUGUGUAGGGAGAAUAGGCAUCUUCCCCAGCAGCUUUGCAUGAGGGAAAAUGAAAUCUUGUGAUGUCUUGAGUUUUAAAAAUUGAGCUGUGCUGAAUAAUAUUUAUUUAAGUUCAAAUCAGUGUCAUUACACCCUUCAGUUCAACCGUGCAAAACAUUGUUUCUCUUUUGU